AGCAGGUUGGAUGGAGAUGGAAAGAUGAUCCUUUUAAACAAAAUCCACUUCGAGGCGAAUGGGUUGAAUCAAAGACCAGAAAGAAGAUGACUGGCGCUGAUCGUGUAAUUCUAUAUAUUCAUGGCGGAGCUUAUAUUUUAGGAAGUGCAGCUCAACAUCGUUUUUUAAUACAAAAAGUUGCUAAAGAAGGUGCUGCUCGUGCAUUUGGUUUCGACUAUCGAUUAGCUCCGCAAUCUCCAUUUCCCGCAGCACUCAUUGAUACGUUAGCUACCUACCUUUAUUUAAUACAACCACCUUCAGAUUCUGGGUUUGAACCAAUAAACCCUAAAAAUAUAAUAAUCAUGGGUGACUCGGCUGGCGGAG